CUUUGAGAGGGGUUAGUUGACCACUCUAACCCCUUGACUUUGCCCCUGGUUGAAACUUGUAUAGAUGAGAGAAAAAUAAUUUUAUUAGUUUAAAAGGCCUUUUAAGAUGACUAUAUAUAAAGAAAUCUGGCCACAUGGGAUGGGAGGGGUGAAGUAUAAAAGUAUCAAGAAAGAGUAACAGAGAUAUUUUCCAGUUUUCCAGAAAAUUGGGAAACUGAAAAAAGGAAAACAGAAAACGUGUUUACAAAAAAAAUUGUUGGGGAAAACUGGAUAAAGGAAACCUGAAAAAUGUGUUUACCAAAUCAUUUUCCAAAACCAAAAAAAUGAGAUAGGUCUUUGUUUUCCCCAGUGAAUUGGAGAAACAACUUUUACUAGUUUUCCAACUUUCGAAAACGCGGAUGUUGCAGUGUUGCUUCAAUGAAUUUGCAUACUUACGCCUAGUGGUGAAUCCAGUCCCGCUCCGCUAUCAGUUCUAGUCCGGUUUAGCCAAUAGUCCGACAGUCCCUAUCUGGUCUGGUGUACGAACCGAUGACCCGGUGGUCUCUGUCUGGUCCAGUCGAUGGCUGAGCAAUCCUUGUCGGGUCCGGUCGACGAUCCGACGGUCCCUGUUCGGUCCACAACCUGGCAGUCCUUAUCCGAUCCGAUCCAUGACCCGGUGACCCCUGUCCGGUCCGGUCCACGACUCGGUGGUCCCUAUCCGGUCCGGUCCACGACCCGGCGACCCCUGUCAUGUCCGGUCGAUGACUCGAUAGUCCUUGUCCGGUCCGAUCUACGACCAGGCAGUAACUGUUCAGUCCAGCUGAAGGCCGAGCAUUCCUCGUUUGAUCCGGUCUGGUCAAUGACUCGGCGGUCCCCGUACGGUCCGGUCAACGACCUGACGAUCCCCAUCCUGCCUGAUCAAAAACCCGGCAGUCCCCGUCCUAUCCGAUCAAUGACUCGACGGUCCCCCAUCCUGUGCGGCCAAUGACUUAGCGGUCUGUGUUUGGUCUGAUCGACAACCAGGCAACCUUGGGUCAGUCCCAUCAACGAUCCAUCGGUCCUUGUACGGAUCGCUCAAUGACCCGGCGACUCAGUCUCGAUUUUUUGAAAUCACUUUUAAAGUGAAAAGUUUUAAAAGAGUCAUUGAGUUGCUAAUUAAUAGGGAAAUGAGAAAAGAAUUCGUCAAACUAACCGUUGAGAUCGAUCAGGACCGGACCUGGUAUCCUACUUGGGUUGUACUAGGUUCGGUUCCGGACUGAGACCGUACUUUCGGUCUUCUAGUCGGUCACAGAACCGAGUGAAAAAAUUUGAUGAAAAUGUUUUCAUAUUUCAAAAUGGAAAACUAAAAAAUGAAAACAAAAAAUUGGAGAUAGAAAAACUGGGAAAUGAAAAUAGAAAAUUGGAGAACAAAAACUGAAAUAGAAAACCGGAAAAUAUGGCUGAAGUCAAUUUUUGAGUUUUAAUAAAUAGGCCCUAACUUUUUGAAGUCAAUUUUUUACUUUUAUUUAAGUAAACAAUAAAACAUGAGAGUUGUUUAGGAAUUCGGAGUUUGUUGAGUUCUCAUAAAUAAAAUACACAGAUUCCAAGGCAGGGGAAUAAAGUGUCAUUUGAGAAAUGUAAUGCCAUUUGGUUGGUUGCAUGCUCAUGCACAUUUGACCAAGAGUUGAAACUUCAUUACACUCCAAACUCUCCAUUAACCAACACGUACAAACAUGAUUUAACACACCCGACCUGACCCUUCCCUCACUAAACACUCCACUCUACUACUCCCCAACAGACGCCACCUUUUCUUCAAAUCCUAUAAAUUUCACCAAGCUAAGGUUGUCUGUCCAUCUUCACCGGCGGUCAGGUUAAAGCCUGUUUUUUUUUUCUUUUUAGUUUGAGACGAAGAAAAAGAUGCCUUCUCCCCUUCCUUCUUCUUCAUCCUCUUCAUCUUCCUCAUACAUUGCUUCCGGCAAUGAUAUUGAGGUUCUGCCGGAAUCCGCCACUCCCAUUGUAAAUCCGGCCAAACCCAUUCCUAAACGCUCCCGGAAAAAGAAAAACUCAGCCCUCAGUUCUGAUUCUCCGACAUGUGGGCCACCCAGGAAGAGCUCUCUUUUCAGGGGAGUCACAAGGUAGCUACGCACACUCACCAACUCUAGGGUGUGUUUGUGCGAGUAUUUUGUAAAAUAAUGAUUAGCCAAUGUGUGUGUUUCAGUGCAUGCAUGACACUUGACAAUUAAAGUCUGCAUUUUAAAUAUUUUUACUCCGUAUUAUUUAUUUAUUGUUUAUUUACUGUCUUUUUAAAAUUUUAGGCAUAGGUGGAGUGGCAAAUAUGAAGCUCACCUAUGGGACAAGAGUCUUUGGAAUAGCACCCGGAGCAAGAAAGGCAGACAAAGUGAUUAUAUUAUGCUGCUCUCCUUCUAAACUUCACUUACUAUUUAUAUUCAAUCCCACACUUUUCCUAAACUAACUAUUAUAUUAUUUAAACUCAUUAUGUUUUAAAAGUCAACCAUUUUAUUUUAAAAAAAAUUGAAGCAAAUGGGAUUUGAUAUAUCCUGAUGUUUUCCGUUUUUGAUAUAUCAAUAUUAAUUAGUUGGUUUACUGAUCUUGUGAUGUUUCUUUCUUAUCUGAUCCAUUUGAUGAUCCUUGCAAUCUGGAACCUAUGGUAUCGCCAUCACUUAGCUUACUUGGGUAAACAUUUCUUUUCACCAGUAAAGAAAGACAUUAUUAUUAGUCUUUUUAAAAUAUCCUCAUCAAUCAUCAUCACAUCAUCAUAACAAAGUGAUUAUUUCUUUUUUCCUGAAAUGGAUUGAAGGUGCAUAUGACAGUGAAGAGGCUGCUGCCAGAACCUAUGAUCUUGCUGCUCUUAAGUACUGGGGGCCAGGGCCAGGCAUCACUCUUAAUUAUCCGGUAUGGGGUGACUUUCAUCUUUCAAAACCAUUUUGGUUUUUCAAGUUUAAUUUACUCAACUAAUCAAUUACCACCAAUGACAUAUUUUCUGUAGAUUGAGAUGUACACGAAAGAGCUUGAAGAAAUGAAGAAUUUGUCUAAGGAGGAGUUCCUAGCCUCGCUGCGACGGCAGAGUAGUGGGUUUUCUAGAGGCGUUUCGAAGUACCGCGGGGUUGCAAGACACCAUCACAAUGGUCGUUGGGAGGCACGGAUUGGACGAGUCCAGGGGAACAAGUAUAUGUACUUGGGAACUUUCAACAAUGAAGAGGAAGCAGCUGUAGCAUAUGACAUAGCAGCAAUCAAACAGAGAGGGCCAAAGGCACUCACCAAUUUUGACAUGAGCAACUACGCAGAUCAGCUCAGGGAAAUUGGAGAAGCUCAGUUCGGUGCACAGCCGAUGGACGGUGACAAUGAUGCACGCCGCCGAAGAGGGAAAGCACAGCGGCUGACUAAUGAAGAAGGCGAUCGUCGUCUUCUUCACAACAACAACGAUUUCUCAGCAGAAUUUAUGGAGCUAAAACGUUAUGAAGUCCCAAUCGAAGCGGAUUAUGCCUCUUCGACCGCCUUGAAUCCAACGAUCAUAGAUGAAGAGAGCUUUUUCAACUUCUGGAUGGAUACGGCGGGAGAACCGUUUCCGACACCUUCUGAUAUUCAUAUGGCGGAGGAAGCGGAGGAGGAGAAAGUUGAGAGAGAAUCGUACUUGCUCGAUUUCUUCAAAGACGGCAGCAAUGAUAACAACCUAGAUUUCCUUAUGUUCGAGGAACCGUGCCGUUAUCCAGGGGAGUUCGGAUUUGGUGGUGAUAUGGAAGGUCGGGGUGAAGAUGGGCUAGAAGGCUUCACAAAUGCUUUACCAUCUCCGACGACAGCGGCGGCUCCUGCAGGUGCGGCAGUUGGAAACGGAGACGAAACUGCCGGUUUUGAUGCUGCUUUGGAGUUUUUUGACGUUCCUGCAGGCUUUGAUGCCGCGUCGGAGUAUUUUUGAAGUUCCUGGUUUUGAAUCUUUGAUUUUGAUGCUGCUUCGGUGUUUUGAACCGUUGACCUGUGCGGUUUGACUGCGUAAUUUAAACCAUAUCUUUUAUUUUAUUUUAUUUUAUUUUAUUUAUUACUGUAAUUUAAAUUAUUUAUUUAGGGGUUGUAUGAUUGUAUCAGGGGAAUAUGUAAUAUAGACAUAUAUACAUACAUACAUGUAUAUGGGAGCAGUGAGGUAAGACAUGAAUGAGAUAUGCCUUGUGGUUGUUGGAUAUGUACAAAUGUGGCAUGUAUAAUCAGAUGUAAUGCUAAG